AUGCCUCGGGGUCAGAAAAGUAAGCUCCGUUCCCGGGAGAAACGCCGCCAGGCCCGGAGCGAGAUUCAGAGGCUCCAGGGUGCUAAGGCCACUGCUGCUGAGGAGGAAGACACUGUCUCUUCCUCCCCUACCUUUUGCGAUAGCGAUCCCCAGAGCUCCCUUGCUGCUUCUGGGUCCUGCAGCAAAUCCAAGCAGCGGCAGAGAGGCCCAGCCGCCUCUACUUCUGCAUGUCAUUCAAGACAAAGAUCCAAUAGCAGUGCCCAGAGCCAAGAUGGGGAAAGAGCAAGCACUUCCCAGGCACUGUCCACUACUGAUAGUUCAUUCACAAACCGUCUAGAUCAGAAGGCAGUUUUGUUGGUGCAAUUUAUGUUGCGUAAAUACAACAAGAGAGAGCUGAUAACAAAGAAAGAUUUGCUGAAGUAUGUCACUAGAAAGUACAAGAUGCACUUCCAUGAGAUCCUCAGGAAAGCCGCUGAGCUUAUGGUGCUAGCUUUUGGUAUUGAUGUGAAGGAAGUUGAUCCGAUCAAGCAUUACUAUGCCCUUGUCCGCCAGUUGGAUCAUACCGGGGAUCCAAGAAUGGAUGGUGAGAUCAUGCCCAGGAGUGGCCUCCUGAUGACCAUCCUGUGUGUGAUCUUCAUAAAAGGCAACGCUGCUCCAGAGGAAGACAUCUGGGAAGUGCUUAAUGUGAUGGGGAUAUAUGCCGGGAAGAACCACUUCAUCCAUGGUGAGCCCAAGAAGCUCAUCACUGAAGAUUUGGUGCAGGAAAAGUACCUGGAAUAUCGCCAGGUGCUCAACAGUGAUCCUCCACGCUAUGAGUUCCUGUGGGGCCCAAGAGCACACGCUGAAACCAGCAAAAUGAAAGUCCUGGAGUUUUUGGCCAAGAUGCACAAUACAGUGCCCACUGCCUUCCCAGCCUGGUAUGAAGAUGCCGUGGUAGAUGAGGAAGAGAGAGUGAGAUCCAGAUUUGCAGCUCUGUUCCCAGUGCACAUCCCAGAGUCAGCUCCAACAGUUUCUCCAACCACUGGUGAAAUCUAA